AUUCAGCAGACUUUCGUCGGUAUUUUGACUGCCACCGAACUACUGAAGACAGUACUUAAACAAUAAUCACCACCUCAACGGUCUCAUUUGGGAAAAGGGCCUUAGCAAGAAACAUUGGCACAUUCAGGGUAAGGAAUUACCUUGGCGUAGGAAUAUAACACCUUGCAUCUAGCAGUGGAAGUCUUUCCGUUUAACUCAACGCGAGUGAAUCAUGUCAGUGAACGAAAGAAGAACAGAAGAAUGGGACAAAAACGGUCCCGCUUCCGAGAAGGAAUCUCAGGCGUACGACGGUCCCCCGGGCAUGGACCCCGACGGUGUGAUCGAGUCCAACUGGGAGGAGGUCGUAGACAACUUCGACGACAUGAACCUGAAGGAGGAGCUGCUUCGGGGCAUUUACGCCUACGGUUUUGAGAAGCCUUCGGCUAUCCAGCAGAGGGCCAUUAUACCCUGUGUGAAGGGCCACGAUGUAAUUGCGCAGGCGCAAUCCGGAACGGGCAAAACGGCCACCUUUUCGAUAUCAAUCCUCCAACAGAUAGACACUACUCUUAGGGAAUGCCAGGCUUUGAUUUUAGCUCCUACACGUGAAUUAGCGCAACAAAUUCAGAAAGUUGUCAUUGCUCUUGGUGACUUUAUGAAUGCGCAAUGUCACGCUUGCAUUGGAGGCACUAACGUGAGGGAAGACAUGAGGAAGCUCGAGGCUGGUGUUCAUGUCGUCGUGGGCACUCCGGGGAGGGUUUACGAUAUGAUCAAUAGGAGGUCGCUGCGGGCCAACUAUAUUAAGAUGUUUGUUUUGGAUGAAGCCGACGAGAUGUUGUCUCGUGGUUUCAAGGAUCAGAUUCACGAUGUCUUCAGAAUGCUCAACUCUGAUGUGCAGGUUAUCCUUCUAUCGGCUACGAUGCCUGCCGACGUGUUGGACGUAACGAAGUCGUUUAUGCGUAGUCCCGUACGUAUCCUCGUAAAAAAAGAGGAAUUAACACUAGAAGGUAUCAAACAAUUCUUCGUGUAUGUGGAGAGAGAGGAUUGGAAGUUGGAAACGCUGUGCGAUUUGUAUGAUACAUUGUCCAUUACUCAAGCUGUAAUCUUUUGCAAUACCCGCCGCAAGGUAGAUUGGCUUACUGAAAACAUGCACAAAAGAGACUUCACGGUGUCAGCUAUGCAUGGUGAUAUGGAACAAAGAGAACGUGACGUUAUUAUGCGUCAGUUUAGGACAGGAUCAUCUAGGGUUUUAAUCACGACGGAUCUGCUUGCUAGAGGGAUAGACGUUCAACAAGUUUCAUUAGUUAUUAAUUACGAUUUGCCUUCAAACAGGGAAAACUACAUUCAUAGGAUUGGUCGUGGCGGACGUUUCGGUCGUAAGGGCGUGGCCAUCAACUUCGUUACAGAAGAAGACAAACGUACGCUCAAGGACAUUGAGCAGUUUUAUAAUACAAAAAUUGACGAAAUGCCAAUGAAUGUGGCCGACCUGAUAUAAAUGCGGUGUUGCUGUGAUCCGACGUUGCCUAGAGUUUCUUUUGGUGCAGCAACAAUACCUGUGGGAUUUUGGAAAAUAAAGAUCUUUAUUCCAUUUUAAUAAGUUGA